AUGGAGUCCUUUCUCGCCAACGUGGACAGCGCGCACCUCAAGGCGCGGCUGAACAAAAUCAUGGCGGAUGUGAACGCCGUCACGUCGGACGCGGCGACCGCCACCGUUUCGGCCAACAGCAGCGAAGAGGCGGGCCAGUGCGUCCUCGAGUUCGUGAAGUUCUUUGUGUCAGUGGCGGAGCAGCACGGCACCACUCCACACGCCGUCCUCGGCCAGCACGUCGUGUCCAACGUGCUCAUCUUCGUGCUGGAGCGAAUUGUAAAGCCGAACCUCAUGACGUACUGCCGCGUCGCGGAGAGGCACGCUGCUAUCGCGGUGGCCGCCUCUGGUGAUAACACCAAUGCAGCCCGCUGCCGAGCGGCGAAGCUCGGAUCCGGAGCCGCCUCGGCGUCCACCGGACGCCGCGACGCACUGGAGGCGCGACGGCGGCGCCUGCGCAGCGACAUCAUUCGGCCCUUUAUCCAGCUCUUCCAGAGCCUGCACACCUCGCUCGCCGAAGAGGGCGAGCCGUUGAUGUCUUGGACCACGGAGAGUGGCGGCAGAGCACUGAGCGCAACACGGAGAGCCUUUGCCUUGGGCGCAGGUGGUAAGCACGACGAGCUCCUGGCGAGCGGAUCCCCCGGCGACGCGCCACCCAAAUCUUCGUCUUCGUUCGGAGGGCCUCAACAGGGCGAACGUGGAGGCCGGGACGAUGUCUGGGGCACAGGCGACAGCGCCCACGAGGACGGGCUGCUGAUCGACGGCGCCAGUGACGCCAUGAGUCAGGCGCCGCUGCUGUGGAAGAAUGCGUCGCCGCUCAAUAUUGUGUGCAAUCACAUUCUGGAAGUACUGGAGAGUCAGUGGCUUGUCGCCGUUGUUGGCGCUGACUACGCGGCGCUUCUCAUCGAGGUGCUUCGGUGGUCCGGCUACGCCCGCCUCAUCACGCCAACGUACCUCGUACGGCUUUCGGAGUCUCUCGUCGCGUUGAUUCAACGCGUGUCCACGCCGGAGGAGGUCGACACCAACGUGUUGACGGUGAGCCCGAAUCUCGUGGCUCAGGCGGUGGCCGACGGGCGACUCUGGGUGGCUGCCCCAUGCGCUGACGACGCCUGCUUGUACGCACAGGUGCUCAUGCGACUCUGCGCACUGCCACAGAUCACCACAGCCUACCCGCCAUCGUCGUCCACGGCGACCAAUGAUGGCAUGCGUGGCGGUGGCGGUGCCGCAGCCGCACUGGCGUUCGUGCGGCGUGUGAUGGAGGUGGUGAAGGCGCGGCAUCGCACCCCAACACCGGAUUUACGGCUCGAGGCCUACUGCAUCGCGGCGCUUCGGCAACUUUGCCAUCGGUUCCGCUACGACCACCCUAUCGCCGCCCGCGCCCCGGUCGAGGUGGUAAGGCUUCUGUGCGACUUUUUCUUCCUGCUGCACCACACGCCCCGCCACGAUGUGUGGCGGCUAGAGACGAUGCAGUUCGUGACGGUGGUGCUGUCCGUCGCACUCUCUGACGUUGUGGGCGAGGAGCUGUGGCAGGACUUGCACACGCACAGCCGCCGCGCAGCAGCGGAUGCGGACGCUGAGGCGGCGAAGGCGUCACCGGACGCACGCGAAAUGAUUGGCAAAGCGAAGAGUAGCGAAGGCGUCGCCGUCGUCGAUCAACGAGGCACAACAGGCGUUGCGGCGGUGGCGAACCUGCUACUGCAGCCGCCGACGAGGCACCUUGUCGUUCUCCUUCACCAGUCCGUGUUUCCAACGAUGCAGCUCAUCUUUACACAGCACCGGCACGAGUACAGCUUCACCUCUCGUCGCGAACUCUUCAGCUUCCCGUGCUCCCCACUGCAGGAGGUGUUCGACUUUGGCGCCGUGGUGCUCUACGUAACGUCCAUCACACACGGCGCCUACUGCCGGUGGAGGGCUGCCCAGGAGAAUCGUUGUGGCGGCGGUGGGGGCACCACGCGCUCUGGCACAGUGGCCGAUCAGGAGAAGGAGUGGGCAGAAGAGGACGAGGACGAAGGGCAGAUGCGGCGUCACGGCGCCGGAGCUGAGGCGAGGCGCGCGCGCACGCGUCUUCGAGACAUCGAGCCAGGCCACGGUGACGCGGUGGAUGGAGUGGCAAGGGACAAGGCUGCUGAGGCGUCAGACACCGCACGCACUCCGCCACCGGCGAGCCCUCAUCCUGUGGAAUUCUUUGCGGACGCGCUGCAAGAGGAGUUUUUCAUGCCCGCCGGGCCGCUGGAAAGCGGCGCCACCGCCGGUAGGACUGCCACUACCGGGAACGACGACCAGCGGCGCCCUCCGCUAUCUGCAGCCACUCUGACUCGACGGCGAGCCGGCGGCGCCCCACUCGUGCUCCGCAUCGGCACGUCGAGCAUCCGCACCAGCAGCGCCGCCGUCCAAGACGUCGUGUCCGACACUGCGCUUUUUCUGCUGCACCUCUUUGCCCAGCCGUGCGCAACGCUGCGGGUGCCGGAGACCGUCGCCGACCGCCUUGUCGAGGAUGUACUCUUGCCACUCUGUGGCCACUUUGGGCUGCGGCUGGGGCAGCUGCUCCUUGCUGCCGUGAAGGCGGUGAUUCCGCGCUGCAGUCUUGUGACGCAGCAGUACGCCUUCGCGGUGGUUGCGCAACGCUCUCUACCGACUGUGCCGCCGGUGCUAGCACGCUGGGCGGGCUCUCUGGACAGCGUCAGCAGCAGCCGUGCCCCUGUCGCCAGAAGUGACGAGGACGUGCUAGCUCCGUCAGAGCCGGUCUAUCAUGUGCUCGUCGUCCUGCUGGAACAACGUCUGCACCGCCGGCACGAGUUGGGGUUAUCUGCAGCAACCCCGGAUGGUGCGCCGAGGAACGGCCCGUCAGCAGGCGCCGCUGGGAGCGGACAGCCGGAUGUGUCGUCUGGAAGUCUGCUCAGCGGGUUGCUGCUUUCCUGGGGUGAUCACUACCGCACGCUCAUCCAGCGCGCCGUGGCGCGACUGCACGCGUGGGAGCAGGACAUGCGUCGCGUGUGCGAGGGCGCAGGGGCGACAGCAAUGCCCACUGGCGUGGCUGCAGAGGCUGCGCGUCUGGAUCCUGCAUGGAGCGCUGAGAAGCGCUCGCACGCCGCGGGCGGCGCCCACGACGCGCCGCUCCCCUUACUCGCCGCCUCGCUGGCGCUGUUGCUUACCCGCUUUGCCACGCUGGUGCAGUGCACGCGGCUGUGGGAGAUGACUCUCUGCCCCUCCACCGCUGUGCCAGUGGACCCUGGGACGACGGAAGCGGCGCCGCGGCGGCGCCGCGUCGUGGGCGACGACCACUCGUGGGGCCUCAGCGACGGCCCCGCGGGAGACGUCGGCCUCAGUUUCUUGUGCCACGUCGCCGCCAACGCCACGCUCUUCCUUGGGUCUGUGCCGGUCCUUACACGUGCGUCGGACGGCGGCAGCCACACCAGCGACGUCACCGGUGGUGGUGUACGCGUUGCCAGGCAGACAGGUGGGGUCGGCGCUGAUGUCUUGACGGUCACGAGCACUUCCCUAAGAACGAGGAACGCGCUGACUGGUGCUGAUACGGUGGCGCUCUUCUCUGCGCUUCAGUUUACAGCGUGGCUGGACUUAGCGGAGACCUACGCGUGCGUCGCACUGCGCAUGUGUCUUGCGCGCCAGCAGGUGGCGGAGCAGACGGAGAUGUCGGCCUCACUGCGACUUGGCCAAGGGUCAUCACUGGGUGGCGUGCCCUCUCUCUCCACGUCAUCGGAGGCCAUUGCGCUUCGCCUGCGAGGACCCCUUCGCCGUGAGGUGAGCACGUAUGUUGAACACGUGUGCACGCUGCUCGAUGCGGCGGUGACGUCACCGUCGUCACAAGUGCCGGCAGUACUGCGUGACGCAGUGGACGCGCACUGGAUGCUUCGGCUGCCACUCGGCAAGGGAAUGGGCCGCGCUGAUGUGCAAGACGGUCGUGUCGCUGACGAGGAGGUGGUGGCGGUGGGCGAGGAUGAAAAAGCAGACACGGACGCGGCUGCCUUCGGGACAGGGGUGUCACCGCUCCGGCUGGCAGCGUCGCGCCGAGCAGCGCCACGGGCGUUCCAGGUCAUGUUGACCUUGAGUGCGCAGGCGUCUGUCGCGUGGCUUAUGCGGCGCGCCCAGCUGAGGCACACGCUUGCAGCGUUGACGCCUGCCGCGGUAUCACGACAGGAGGGCAACCGCAGAGGCGGCGGCGGCGGUCCACCCGACACUCACACCGUCGUGCGGCCGGGCUUGGAUGCGUCGGCGAUGAUGCUUUCCUUAAGCAUGCAGUGCGUGCAACUUCUGCAUCUCCUGCUGCGGUGGCGCCGCGCUGCACUGUGGUCACCACCGGAAGAAAGCACGUACGCGCGUGACGACUUGGAUGCCGCUGGAGACCGCGGCGCCGCCGCUCCAGCAGUGGCGAAGGACGCGCCAUUUUCGCACGCAGGGGCGGACGGCACACGUGCCAGCGCAGCGGGCGAAUGCGCCGAGAGCGCCACCGAGGCUGGCGGCGGCACCGCCGCAGAUUUUGACUCGGACGAAGAGGCAUCGGCCGCUCGCGAGGAUGUGCGCUUACUCCGGGCCUCUCCCGAUCUCUACGCGACUCCUCUCUCUCUGCUGGAGCGCUUCUCGGCCGCCGGCGGCGGCCGCCUCUACUAUGCAGUGUUGUGGCUGUGCCAUCACGUUGCUGCGGAGCUCGACCACGCACACGCCGUCGGCGCGUUCUUUCCGCUGUGGACGGCUCUGCAUGUCCUGUUCCGCGAUGUCGGCACGGUACUGCUGGACCCGGCCUUCGCCUGCGUCGAUCCUCGGCAGACGAUUGCGCGCUUUACCGCCACGCUGACCGCGCGAAUCUUCGACGAUGGUGUGCGCGGGCUCAGUCGGUGGCGCCCAUCUAAUCCAACAUCUCGGGAGGUGACGCACAUGAUGGCGGUAUCGCUGCACAUGUCGGUGGACACGCUGCGCACGGUGCUGUGGGCCGCCUCGCGUACACGCAUCGACGCCUACGUGGUCGGGCCGCUCGCAGAUACCACUGCGAUUCGCCGCACCAUCGUGGCCAUGCUGCGCGAUCAGCAUCUCCUUGAUGCGGCUGGUGCAGACUCGUACCCGACAGCCGACGUUGCUCGAGGGAGCGGCGAAGGCGGGGCAGCAGCCCUGGAUGACAUCCUCCUGCCGAGUCAUCACCGUCUUCUUGAAAGACUACCUUUUCUGCCGACGAUACUGCGGGCCCUCCCAACGCUUCUGCGGCUCCUGGCACUCGUCGGCUGCUUGCCGCCACCACCCACUGAUGCGGACACAGGCACCGCUGAGGGUUUCCUAUGCUGCCGGGCCGUCGUACAAGUUCUGCAGGUGCUGUUUGUGCGUUACCGCUAUCAGCUGGGACCAGGCCUGUGCAGCGGCUUUCUCUGUGGUACCGUCGCUGACAUCAGGUGGCUGCUCUCACGCAGGCAUCCCGCAACUUUUCGGGACGCCGGUAAGCGGGGCUCGCAGGGAUGCCGCGAUGCCGCCGCGUUCCUCUACGCGCACGAGGGGCGUCUCUUGGAGCUGUGGACGGCUCAGCUGACAGAUCACAGUCGCGUGGACAUGCCAGUGUGCACUCCUGCGUGGCAGUGCGCGCUUCUCCAGGCGGCCUUCGCGGUGCUACCGCGCUGCGAGCCGGCUGUUGCCGAAGUGCUUGGGCGCUUUUCUUUCGAGUUCCUCGCCGAUAAGACACCGUAUGAGGUGCGUCACCACGCGGCGCUGCAGGUGGGCACGCUGUUCCGCACCUUCUCCACACGGCGCACGCAGGUGCUCCACACCCUCCUCACGAAGGCGCGAGAAGCCAUGCUCUCCUCUACCGAAACACUGUGCUCGACGAGCCUGCUUGCCUUGUCGGAAGCGGUGCGGGCGGCACCGGAGCUGCUCGUGGACGUGCUGUACACCCUCCUCGAGUGCUGGGCAACCCGCGGUUUUAGGCACCGUCGACUUGUGGUGGCGUGUCUUGAGCGGGUGUCGGCGUGGGUGCUGGAGGGCGCCGGCUUGGCGGGGGCCCCCGCUGGUGGUGCAUCGCUGCCACGCUCGCUACCGUACACCCACCUGUGCCGCAUGCAUGUCCGACCCCUUCUCUUCAAGUGGCUGUGCGAGUACCGUCACCCUCAGGCGGCGCUGCCGGUGGAGUGCUUCGGCUACACGACGCAGACCACAUUUGUCGUGCAGCACCUUUCUGUGCUGUUGCCGUUGGCGCUGCUGCUUCUGACGGAGACCACGGAGGAGCAGUGGUCCCUCUUCGCCACGCGCAGCGGCGGGGACCGAUGCGACGCUGCCUCAGCAGAGGGCAGCCUCUACGAGAGAUUGGUUUCCGCAUACACGGAUACCCUCGUGGCGAAGGCUGCGGCAGAGAACGAACGUGCGGGGGAGGCGUUGGGUGCGGCGAGACGGCGUCGUCGAACGGAGGCAAGUGGCAGUGAUGCGACAGCGCAGCAGGACGAGGUCACCGAGCCCGAAUCGCAGACGGACACCAUUGUCGUCUCUGACGCGGACGUUCUCCAUCGCCUCGCUCCUCUGUGCAUGCUGCUGGCCUACUUCCCAGGCAUCGUGACACAGCUCCUCGUCUUCGCGUCUCACGCGCCGGUGCCGACCUUUACUGGCGACGCCGGGGGUCUCGCCGAUCUUGGAAAGGCAAGGGACUCCCGCGAACUUGCCGGCUGGCCCCGUCGAAUGGGGCACGCGGACGCUGCGGUCGAACAUCGCGGCAGUGGCGGAGGCCACUCAAGUCGUGCCAGCGCAUCCGACAUGACGCCAACGUGGGCCUCAGUGGCACAGCGGUGCUUGUACUGGCUCGAGGCGCAGUUCAACACGGCUGAUGCGACGAUGUUGGCACAGAGUGUUGGCCUGGUCCUAGCCGGCCGCCGACACGUGAGCGGGGACUCGGCGCAGCCAACCUUCAGCGCCGCCGCGGCACGGGCGGUUCUGUGCAACCCCACGACGGCGUCGAGCGCAGCGGAAGUGCUGCGCUACUACCUGCAGCAUCGAAGUGUGUGGCCGCACAAGCGGCGUGCGUUCGACGUGGUGCUCGCCGCGCAGGCGGACGCCGUGAUGGAGGCCUUAGUGGUGCUCCAUCGCACCACUGCCGAGGUAGGAACGCUCGUCUACGGAACGCCUGAGCAGCUGCAGCGGGCCCUCUCCUGGGUGGCCGAGAAGAUCACUUGCGUGCCGCUGCCAAUGCCUGGUCCACGCGAGCCGAGGACGCAGCAAGCAAACUCAACCGAAGGCUGUGGUGCCACGACUGCGGAAGAGGAGACAACGCAGGGGCGCAUUCCUUGCUGCACUUCAAGUUACCCAGCACACUGGGAGGCGUAUUGCCUCGCCCUGCUUGUGCCCCCUGCAGCGGCGCCCAACGCUGAGUUCCACUCGCCAGUGACUAGCGAGCCGAGCGCCAGGCGAUCUGCCGAUGCUGCAGCCCUCACGGAGGACGUCAUGACAAGGUUCUUGCUGCAAGGCAACAGUACCUACCUCUACGCUCUCCUGCACGCGGCAUACCGCAGCAGUGUGGCGCUGUCGUCUCUGGAGCUGCAGCUCCGCGCGCUUCAGCAGUUAUCCUUGCUGGUGCACAUUGCCACUUGCUGGUGCUCUGCUCGUGUCCUUGCGGAGCCGCACGCACUUCGACUGGUGCUCUCACAUCUUCUUCAUUGGCUGCGGCGCUCCCCUGCGGCGGCGGUGCGGCGACUUGUCUGUGACGCGCUGAUGCAUGUCUGGCAGGUUUCGAGAGCCGGCUGUGGUAACGUGCCGCGCCACCAAGGAACGGAGCCCACUCUAGCCGCCCAGCGGCGCCACUGCCGACUCAUGCUAGCGCGCGGCCUGACACCACUGACGGCGGUGUCCCCGCUAAUCGCCUCGACGUGGGCGGCGCUGUGCCGCAGCGACCCGGACCUGAAGCGAUCGGACUGGCAGCAACGGGUGCUUGCCUACCUUGCAGGCACAGAGAGCAGGCGUGCGACACGGGUAGCCGCGGCGACAGCUGCGGAGGGUAAGGAGCGGGUGCUUGCGCAUCGCGCCAUCGACGUCGAUGAGCCCACGGACGACGAGGUGGAGAGCCGUGAGGAGGGUGCGGCGCGCGAUGGAGGGCCUGGGGCGUCUGCCAGUGCCGGCGCCGCAGAAUCCGCAGCCGACCCCAGCGACUGCCCCCUUCCGCUCGAUGGGGAGCAGUGGACGUGGGCCAUGUACGAGGCUCAACGAUCCGCGUGUUUGGCGCCACUGUCUAACCCGCGUGCACGCGGACGCCUCUCGGGACUCCAACGGCUUCUUCGAUAUGUCUUGGGGCACGACGAGGAGGACAGCGACGAGGCUCUUGAGGACGUCUCCGGCACUGUGGAGGGAUGCGGCAGCAACGCCGGCAUGGACAAGCUCGUGUCGCCGGAGAGCUGUGCUGUUUCCAUGCAGCUUAUCGUCGAGCACACGAGCGCCGCGCCUCUUCCCUCCGCUCCGCUGCUCCAGGAUAUCACCGUCGCUGUGGACUCCACUCAGGCGCUGCUCGUGCGGUGUCUUCAUGUUGCGUCCGUGUGCCUUCGCGCCGGCCAUGUACCGCCGGACACGGCAGGGCCUACGGCGCACCGCCGCUCUCGCGGGCGAACGGGUGUCUCGCUGCGACCGGCGGAGUUGUCAGCGCUUGAUGUGCGUGCUGUCCUGCUGGACACCAUUCAGCACCUCUAUCGCCUGUGCCACUGCAACGUGGCGGCUCUCCCAGCGGAAUACGCGGACGCAGCGGACCCGUUUCGACCUCUUUCACCGGGGUAUGUAGCCGACGAGGACGCGCACGGUGUCCAUGCGAUACACAUGCAGAUACUAUCGGCGGACGCGGCCGAUGAUCAGCUGCUCGCCGCCUUUCGACUACUUCGCGCGCUCGCGCUCUGCAUCGUGUUGAGCGGAGAGGCGGCCACGCUUCCUCCCUGCGCGGCGGCCGUAUCAAGUGCCCCACCAGGAAUGGUGUCUGGAUCAGAAUGGCUGCGACAUGAAGCGCAGCGCAGCGGCUCGUCAGCCAGCACGCUCCUUGCGGCGAGCGAGUCGGCGAUGGCAGACGACGGCUUGUCAAGCAACCAAACUGCGGAAGAUAUCGUUGCGGGAGUGCUCGCGCAAGCCUACGCGCAUCAGCUGCGCACGCUCGAGCAACUCGUCUGGUGCGUUGAUGCAGAUGCCUCAGAGCUGGGUAUGUGCGCGCUGCGUACAUGGGUGUUGUGCAUCGCGUCGAGUCUGGACAAGGCGGAUGAGGCGGAGCCGACGAGGCCGGCAGAGCCGCUGUCGAGCUUUGACGAGGCCGUUGUACAGCUUGUGGUGAGCGCGUGGAUGCAGCAGCUGACCGUGCCAUCCUCCACCGCCGCCGCCGGCGAGCCUGUCGGGGCGAGUAGCGGUGCGCCGAUGCCUUCUCCGCAAGCGCGCGUGCGCUUCUGUCUUCAACGCCGUCUCGGGUGGGUGACGCGUAGCGGCGGCUGCGGCUCACUGGCCUGCCGACGGGGCGCCGAAGGUGGCAUGCGAGGCGGUGCCGCUGACACCCAUCUCCGGAGCCCGUCGGUGUGGGCGCCGCUACGGCAGUGCCCGCCGAACCAGCGCGCGUUUAUCUGCCGCUUUGUGCUGGCUGCUGCCAAUACGUACGGUAUGCUGAAGAAGAGUCUACUGUGGGCCGCAUUGGUGCCUCUGCUGAUGGCGGAGUUGAGGACUGCUGAGGGCCCUACGGAGGCGCCAACAUCAUCGACUGGAUCACCUGCCUGGGACCUUGAUGGGAUGCACGCGGCCUGCGACAGCGCCGGCAGCGCUGUGCGCAUUGCGGAGAAGCUGCUUCUCCCUGUGUUGCUGCAUGCACUGUGCUUGCGUGAGAGCGAAGGGCAACGUGCAACGCGGCAGGAGUGGAGUGGACAGCUGGAUCGGUACGUCUUUCAGCAGCCGGAGCGCUGCGCGCACACUGCACGUCUGCUCCUCUAUGUCCUUGAGCAGUGCCAUGCGGUGCUACUUCGGUCCACGCGCCAGCGCGGCCUCAAGGGAGCCACGGUGGCGUCAACUGGUCGCGCCAAAGCGAGCUCCUCCUCCUCCUCUGCAGCAGCAGCAGCAGGCGACGGCGCACGGACCGAGGCGGCUUCAUGGCCAUCGACCGUCGGUUCUGUGCCAUCCUUGCAGGACAUGGGCGAGUGCUACUGGCUCAGCGACAUCCCCGCAGCGCGCCUUGCUCGUGCCGCGGUGCGAGUAGGCGAGCCGCACCUCGCCCUCCUGUUCUCCCAACUCAGCGGCGAGUCUUUUUACGGGCCUCGCACAGGCGCUGCCGCGCUCUGCGGGGCGUCUGAAACCACGCAGUCGGCCGCGAUGCUUCGCGAUGGUGCCGGUGCCGGAGGAGCGGUGCUAGCCGCGUCAAGCGCACCCUACUCGAUACUGUUUCCGUUUGCCAAGCCGGGCGACUACCCCUCCGCCGCAUCCGCGACGCACGCAGUCGGCGCUGGCGCAACCCGGAGCGGUGGCCGCGCCCGUGAACGUCGCGACGCUGUACGGCAGCAGACUCGGUCGUUUGCGGAGGACAUCUUCGACCUGUACGCAUCGGUGCAGGGGCAGCUGGAGCUGGACGAUGUCGUGGGGGUGUCGCUCAUGAUGCGGCUGCAGUCCGCCACGGACGAUAUGCAGCACCGCCACGGUGCAAAAUGGUGUUCCUUGAUGGGCAGUGGACCUGCCCUCAGCGCAAGCUUCCUCGGCUUGGCACGCAGCCGGUCCAGUGGCCGUGUCAUUCGCCGCGUCGCGGGCUGCCGCGAAAGCGGCGUCACGUCCACAACAUCAGUUUCCAGCGGGGCGGACGACAGUCUGGCCGCUGCACCUUCCGCCGCGGCUGCCUGGUUGGACGAGAUGCGCCUCUUGGAGGAGAGCGAGACCCAUCACGCCAGCGGCAGGCGGUGGGGCAGUGACGUGCCACGUGCUGGUUCGGCGGCGGAUAGCGGACGUAGUGAUGGAACUGUCGACGUUGCGCGACACAGCGUCGCGCUGGCGGGUGAGGUGCAGGAGCGGCGGCCCGACCCCUGGGCAGCCCACUUACAGCGUGCGGCGCUCCUCCUCCAGCACGGCUUCCCCUCCACGGCGUUGGACGUUUUACUGAGUUUGCAUCCGGCGGAGCGGCGACGGGAAGCCGCGGUGUGGCAUCGCAGCCACAGUAGCGCUGCGGAGCGCGGCGCCACGGACGACUCCGUGCGUGCUUGCAGUGCCCCGGAGAGCGUGGACGGCAGGGGCGCACCUGUACUAGGGCCGGAGGCGUUCUUCACAAGCACGGCCGGUGAAGCAAUCGACGCUGCGGCUGGCGACACCGAUACGUUGUCGUCGUGGACAUCCGCGCACGAGGUAUCACUACAGGCCUUGCUCGCCGAGGCUGCCUGGAAGAGCGGGCGGUGGUCCUCUGGCGGUAGCGUCGCUGACGACUGCCCCGGCAGUGGUCCAUCCGAGUGCGUGCCUAGCGCAGUCCUAGAUCUUCUUUCGCUACGCGGGCACACGGCAACACCAGAAUCCCGUGGCGCGUUGUUGAUGCCCGCGUCGGGCGGGAGGUUUUACGUUCACCUUCUCAGCGCCUUUGUUACUCUCAUGGAUGAGCAGCCGCUGCUGAGCAUGCAGCACGUGCGCCGCGCCGAGUCAGCCCUGCGUCAGCAGCUGUCCCCCACGACUUUCGUGACGACCGUCAUGGCGGCAGAGGCGCUUAAUGAAGUGCGUGACUGCGCGGCACGCUUCUUGGCAGCCAAUGCAGCCGCGAGGAGGGACAGGGCAGGGAAACCAUCGCGCGGUCGCGGUGCCGCACCGCAGUGGAAGCACGGCAACCGAGUCGUCGAGCUGCCCAUGUGGCUUCGGAGCUUGCGUGGCGACUCGGUAGCGCGAGGAUCCGGUGGGGACGCUGCCGAGUUGCCGACUGCGCGGGUGCCAAGCACUGUCGACUACGCCUCCAGGGAGCUGCUCGACUCCGUGCGCCAUGCACUGUGCCAGGUCUACGGCGACGACGAAGGCUGGUACCAAUUUGUGCUCGGGGCGACGGAGCAGGCGUUGCUGAACAGAGAUGCGGCCGCGGCGCACCGUUGGCUGCGCGACUGGAAAGAGCAGCACGCGGAAGGCACAGGCGGCGAGGGCGAGCAGGCAUCGCCCUCGCCGGCGAUCGGGGGCACCGUCGCGGCAGAGGUGCGGGGACGCGCGCGACAGCUGGACCUGGCACUCCGCACGGCACAGAUUGCCUACGGCCUGGGGAGAUGGCAGGAGGCCCUAGCGCUUCUUCAGCCGGCAGCCACGGCGGCACGCGGGGAGGCAAGCCUCGCCCACGGUAAUGUUGCCCUACUGCGUACCGCACCUUGGCAUGCUCCACAGGAGCCGCGUGUGAUCCAGCAGCUGAUGGUGUGGCACGAGGAACUCCGGCUGCUGCCGCCCUCGCAGCUCGUACGUGAUCCGUUUCUCUCGCGCGCGGCGGCUUCUGACAGUAGCGGCGCCUGCAGCUUCCUGCUGGCGCGUCUGUGCCACACACUCGCCGACGACAUCGCUACCCGAUUGACAAGCCACGAGCAUCAGCAGCUCUGCGAGAGCGUGGAGGAGUCGAAGCGGCUCAAGGCGGACCUGGAGGCGCAGCUGGAGGCGGCGACGCAGCCGAGCACAGGACGGGCUGCCGCACCGCUUCACCGCCCGCCGGGUGUGGCGGAGCUCGAUGCGACGACAGGAGCCACGACUACGGCGGUGCUGCCUGCACUGGUGAACAUUGCUGGCGUGGCACCUCUGAGAGAAGCGCGCGGUCGCUCUGCCGUUGCGGAUACGACAGCGGGAGCGGCUGUUGGGGCCGCGCCAUCCGUCAUCCUCAGCGAAGACCAACUGCGCGUCAUACGACGACGUAUUCGUGAGCUUGCUGGCGACAUCAAGCGCCUUGAAGACGAGUGGCAGAGUGAGAAGUCCAAUUUCGGGCUGUACCGCCGCAGCGCCAUCAACGCCUACUCGCGGUUUCUGCAGUUUAACCAAGCGGUGCAGCAGGGUGCAGCUCGCGGCGUCACCGAGCGCACCCAUCGCGGCGCGGCUGCCCCGUCGGAGGUGAAGUGCCUGCCAGUGGAUCACGAGGAGGAUGUUGUGCAUGCCGUCUUCGGGUUUGUGGAGCUCUGGGUGAACGCCGCCGAGAUGGAGCAGGGCAGCGGCGAGGUGCUGAACAAAGUGCUUGACAAGGCCGUCGAGCGAAUCCCGACCGCCGUCUUUGUGCCGCUGGCGGGGCAGCUGACGGCGCAGUUAGGUGGCCAGCACGAGGGCGAGCGGCUGGCCUUCCUUGUUGCCCGGCUCGCACGGGACUACCCGAUGCACGUCGUGUGGCCGCUACUAGCCCUCUACCACGGUCACACGUUCGCCAAAUCGCGAGAUGUCAACACGCUGCACAACGUGGACGAGGCGAAGAUCACGGCGGCGCGUCAGCUCCUCGCCGGGCUGGCCUCCGCACAGAGCUCCGCGACGGCUUCGAGUCGCGAUGGCCGCAGCGCCUCGACCGCCGCACUGCUGUCGACGCAGAUCCGACAUGCCCAGCUGCUGAGCUCGGCGUACCUGGAGCUUGCGUUGGACCGCAGUGCCGCCACGGCGCAGGUGGGGAAGCGCCACGCGAUUUCCGAGGACUUCAUGCUGGUCAAGGACGCGCGUAAUCUUGCCAUCCCCCCGCCCAGCUCCAUGGAUCUGUUUGUGACACCGGCCGUCGCGGGAGGGGUCCCUCUCGCGGUGCCGCAUGUGAUGCGGUACCGCAACUACUUCACGACGCCUGGUGGGGUGAACGUGCCAAAGGUGCUGCAGUGCGAACUGAGCGACGGCACCGUCGUCCGGCAGCUGCUGAAGGCUGGCGACGACCUGAGGCAGGACGCGCUCAUCGAACAGGUGUUCGCCACGGCUAAUCGUCUGUUUCAUCGACGCUCCGCGACGCGGCCACUGCAGGUUCGCACCUUCACAAUUGUGCCGCUGGCUCCGACGGCCGGCAUCCUGCAGUGGGUGGAGCACACCAUCCCACUCGGCGAGUACCUGACGGGUCGCUACACCGGCAAGGAGGAAGUGCCCGGCGCUCAUGAGCGGUACUUCCCGGGCGAGCCGACCACGCGAGAGUGCCGGAUCCAGCUGCAGAACGCGCCGCAGAACAGCAAGUGCCAGGUGCUCUUGAGCCUGUACGAGAAGUUCACACCCGCCCUGCACUACUUUUUCUUGGAGGAGUACCUGUCCGCCCAGGUGUGGGUGGAUCGACAGCAAACCUUCACCCGAAGCGUUGCAGCGUCGAGCAUCGUCGGCUACACUGUCGGCCUGGGUGAUCGGCACAUCAACAACAUACUCCUGCACAGGGGAACGGCGGAAGUGGUGCACAUUGACCUCGGCAUCGCCUUCGAUCAAAACAAGCUGCUGCCUGUGCCGGAGCUUGUUCCCUUUCGACUCACGCGCAACAUGAUCGAUGGCCUCGGUGUGCGGGGCACGGAGGGAAGCCUGCGCCCGUGUGCGGAGGCAGCGAUGCACCUGCUGCGCGCCAAGCGCGAACUAAUUCGCACGAUAUUGAGCUCCAUCAUGCACGAUCCAUUGGCACGCUGGGCCAUCGGCUCGCCAACGCACGCGAAUCACAUAAUAGGCGCCGGUGACGCGCCGCAGGAGAGUAACACACGGCAACCUGCGCCGGUGCGCACGCACGGCAGUAGCGCCGACGCCGCCCGCACUCUCGCCCGCAUUGACGCAAAACUGCGCGGGUACGACGGUGGCGAUUUGCUUAGCGUGCCAACGCACGUGCGGAAGCUGAUGGAGGAGGCGCAGCGGGUGGAAAGCUUGGCCAUGAUGUUUCCGGGCUGGUCGCAGUGGGUGUAG